UUCUGGCGCUGUUGCCAGGCAACGCGCCUUCCCCCAACCCCGGCAACUCUGCUUCAGUGGAUGGGGCGGGGGUCGCUCUGCUAGUCCUCCCCAUUUUAAGGCCGUUGCCUGUAGCUCUAAGGGGGGGGGGGGUUGAGCGGGAGCGGGGCGGGCUGUGUUCUGGUGCCGGAUCUGCCCCUUCCGCCAAGCAAAGAGGAAACCCCCCACAGCCCUCCUUCAGGAUGGCCGCUUGCGGGACUUGGGUUUAAAUGGGAUCAAACAUAUGGGAAGACGGGCUCUGCCCCAAGGAGCCUGCAGUCUCCCAAAUCCCAUAAUCCCUGAGGAUUGGCCAUGCUGGGUGGGCUAACGGGCGUUGUUUAUAUACAGUAUUUUGUAAAAUUUAUACACAACUUGAUUGUGAAAACGAACAAACCUCUAAGCGGUUUACAGAAAAACCUAUAAAAUCAUCAGAAAUUACUAACCAUAAUCUAAGACUUUUGAAAACUUAUAUUUUACCCUAUCUGAGUAGGCUUGUCUAAACAAGAAUGUAUUUAGCAGGUGCUGAAAAGAGUGCUGUGAAGGUGCCAGUCUGAUAUGAAUAGGCAGAGAGUUUCAAAGAGGGUUUUUUAAAAAAGAUUUUGCUACCGCCCUUCAUCAAAAGGGCAGUUCACAAGAUAAAAAUACAAGAUAUAAACACAGAUAAAUAGUUUAAGUAAAAACCACAAAACAAUAUAAUAUUCUACAAUGGCUAUAGAAUUUUAAUCAGCCAAAGUCAAAAGUGUAGGUGCUGCUGCUCUAAAAGAUUGAGUUCUUACCAGUGGGGAGAAGUAUUAUGUGGCGCCUGUAAUAGCGCCACUUGGGCACAGGUAUUCCCCAUACCCUGCGCUAAAACAAGACAUACAACAUUGGGAGGGGGAACAGGAUGAAACAGUGCCUGAUGGUGUGGAGAAGGUGAGCAGGGAGUUUGCCUGCUUCUUUCAGUCAUAAGACUGGAACACAGUGGGGACAUCCAAGAAAGCUGGAGGUUGGGAGAUUCAGGACAGGCAAAAGGAAUCGGACAAAUUAAGGGAGGACAAGGCUUCUGAUGGCUACUAGUUACAAUGACUAUGCUCUGCUUCCACAGUUAGAGGCAGUAAUGCUUCUGAAUACCAGUGGCUGGAAACCACAGGACAGGAGAGUGCUCUUGUUCUUGAAUCCUGCUUGUGGGUUUCCCAUUGGGAUACAGUAUCUGUUUGUCCACAGCUGAGAAAGAGGAUGGGCCAUUGACUUGAUCCAGCAGGCUUUCCUUAUGUUCAUAUUCUGAUCCAAGAAAUAGGUCUGCCUGCUCACACACUCAGCUUAGAGGCCAAUGUCCUGGCAUAUUUUAUGGGCAGGAUGGACUUCUUGAGCCUCUUCCUCCUCUAUGUGUUUCUGGUUCUGCUGACCAUUCUCCUUGUUUGUUUCUAUUCCGGAAGGAAGCAAAGCAUCCCCUCAAGGCUUAUCACCUGUGUAACUCAGGUGCUGUUGUGUAUAGUCCCAUCCCAAGUCCAAGGAGCUGCUCAUUGGGUGCUUCAUGGCCUCUUCCAUAAACGAAACUGUACUUUUGUGGUCCUGCACUUGCUCUUGGAAGCUUUGGUUUAUGGGGAGUAUUCCUGGGAAGUAUUUGGCUAUUGUCAGGAGCUGGAGUUCAGCAGUCACUUCCUCCUCCUCCCUUACCUACUUUUGGCUGUGAACAUAGGUUUCUUCAUUCUGUGCUCCAAGACUAACCCAGGUACCAUAACUAAAUCCAACCAGGUGCUGUUUCUCCAUGCAUAUGCCUACGACGGUGUGAUGUUUGAGAAAGGGGUUGAGUGCUCCACUUGCAAAGUGAGGAAACCUGCCCGAUCCAAGCACUGUGGUGUGUGCAACAGCUGCGUGCAUCGUUUUGAUCACCAUUGUGUUUGGGUCAACAAUUGCAUUGGUGCCUUCAACAUCAGAUACUUCCUGCUCUAUCUCCUUACCUUGACCUCCAUGGCUGUUUCCAUCGCAGUCUUAACAGCCACUUUCCUCAUCCAGGUGGUCCUUCUGUCAAAUAUGAUGCAGGGCUAUUACACAGAUGACCAAGGCCUGGAGCGCCCGAUUGAUGCCUUCUUCCUUAUUCAGCACCUCUUUCUGACCUUCCCAAGGAUCGUGUUCAUGCUGGGCUUUGUCGUUGUCCUUUCAAUUGUACUGGGCUCCUAUUUUUGUUUUACUCUGUAUCUGAUCCUGACCAACCAGACAAGCAACGAGUGGUUCAAGUCAGCAAGGUAUAAAUGUUCAUCUUCAGAGGAUGACACCAGGCAGAUGGGUUACAAAAAUAUUUAUUCUAGAGGCAUCCAGGGCAACAUCACAGAAAUUCUUAAGCCAAUUAUGAGCCCUGAAAAAAAGCAAAGGUGACUUGCCAUUGACAGUAGUGGACUGUACAAAUCUUAAGUUUUUAAUCUCAGCACAAAAGUCCUAGGCAAAAUAAAUCUAGUGCAAGGGUAGUCAAUGUGAUGCCCAUGGGCAUCCAGUGUGCCUGAUACUACCUACCUCUUAUGGCCACAGGCUCUUAAGGGGCCAGUGAAAGGUCUUAGUUCCCAUUACAAUGCUCAGAGAGGGUAUUUGCUCUUUCUGAGCAUUUUCUGUUUGCACUGUCUUUGCCUAUCCUUCAGUGGCUGGCAGAACUGGAUAUAGUGGUCUUGGAAGUGCUCUUGGAAGUGGCAGCCAUCUCCAAAUGUGCCUCCUGGCCCCAAAAGGUUAGUGACUCCUGCCCCCAACUGUUGAGUCACCCUUGCAAGCAAGCCCCAACUUACCAGUGCAACUGAAGUAAACAUACCUGUUUACUGCUAGUGUCUGCCUGAAAUGGGAGCUGAAGCUGCCAUUUGUGGUAGGGACAAGGAACAAACCUCUAGAAUACUGCACUGCAGAUGGUUGGACUACCGUGUUUCUCCGAAAAUAAGACGUAGCCAUAAAAUAAGACGUAUCAGUUUUUUAAAGCAUUCAAGGAAUAUAAGUCAUACCCCGAAAAUAAGACAUACCCGGUAGUGAUAGGCGCAGCAGCAACACCGGCCACGGCAGGAAGAGGAGGCCUGCCAGGUCAUCGCCCGGAACCGGCUGCUGCUGCAGCGCCGACAAAGCACCCAGCAGCACCGCACCGUAUGGAGCCCCGAGCCAACAGGACACAACAGCAGCAGCAGCACCGUGCAGAGCCCUGAGCUAGUGGGACCCAGCAGCACGAGGAGCACUGCGCUGCGCCAGUGGGACCCAGCAGCAGCGCCACGCCGAGCCCCAAAGCAGCGCCGCAUGUAGCCCCGAGCCAGCAGCGCCGAGCCCUGAAGCAGCGCCUGCGCCGAGCCCCGAAGCAGUGCCGCCACAAGCCAGCAGCAGUGCCACGCGUAGCCUCGAGCCAGUGGGACCCAGCAGCAUCAGCGCCACACCAAGCCCCGAAGCAGCACUGCACGUAGCCCCGAGCCAGUGGGACCCAGCAGCAGCAGCGCCGCACAUAGCCCCGCGCAUGACCCGGCAGCAGCGCUAUGCCGCACCCCGAAGCAGCGCCGCACCCCUAAGUAGCGUUGCGUCGCGCCCCAAAGCAGUCCCCCGCCCCGAGCCAGCGGGAGCCUGCAGCAACGCUGUGCCGAGCCCCGAAGCAGCACUGCGCCAUGCCUAGCCCCAAGCCAGUAGCGCCGCAUGUAGCCCCUAAGUAGCACUGUGCCGCGCCAUGCCCCAAAGCAGCGCCGCACGUAGCCCUGAGCCAGCGGGACCCAGCAGCAGCAGCAGCGCCACACCAAGCCCUGAAGCAGCGCCGCGUCAUGCGUAGGCCCAAGCCAGCAGCUGGUUUCUUCACAUAUUGUCAGUACCGGUAGUGAAGUGGGUAUCUCCCCCUCCCAUGGCUUUCACCACUUUGAACAGGGGACUUGCUAGGCUGUUCACCAGGUUCCAGGGGACUCUAUACUAUAUGUGUGUGUGUGUGUAUACACACACACACACACACACACAGAGGGAGAAAGACAUCCCCUGAAAAUAAGCCACUGUGUUUUUGAGGAAAAAUAUAAGGUGUCUUAUUUUCAGAGAAACACGGUAAGAUGAUCCUCAUGGUCCCUUCCAAUUCUAUGAUUCUGCUUAGGAGCCCCAAGCCCCUGCUUGCUUCUUGAGACUUUAGGCAUUACCCUAGUUUCCAGUCAUAAGAACUACCGUAGAAACUUGUUAACUGGAAUAAUCCAAGGCUA